AUUGUAUAUCAACUAUACUUCAACUUAAAAUAGAUAAAUAAAUAAAUAUUGACUUAAUUAAUAAAUGAAUCUCAAUUUCUUGCUUGGACAAAGAAAAUGAAGUCCCUCUGCUACUACAGGGAUAGUCGUUAAUUAUGCAUACUUCCAGAGCUCAUAGACACAUGAAAAUCUACAACUCCAGCAUCAUCUCUGGCUUCAUCCUCCUGGGCUUCCCUUGCCCCAAGGAGGGGCAAAUCCUCCUCUUUGUGCUCUUCUCUGUGGUCUACCUCCUCACCCUCAUGAACAAUGGUUCCAUCAUCUGUGCUGUGAGCUGGGAUCAGAGACUCCACACCCCCAUGUACAUCCUGCUUGCCAACUUCUCCUUCCUGGAAAUCUGGUAUGUCACCUCCACUGUCCCCAAUAUGCUGGCCAACUUCCUCUCUGACACCAAGAUCAUCUCCUUCUCUGGCUGCUUUCUCCAGUUCUACUUUUUCUUCUCCUUGGGUUCUACAGAAUGCUUUUUCCUGGCUGUUAUGGCAUUUGAUCGAUACCUUGCCAUCUGCUGGCCUCUGCAUUACCCUACCCUUAUGACUGGAUGUCUCUGCACCAAACUUGUGGUCAGCUGCUGGGUACUUGGUUUUCUCUGGUUCUUGAUUCCCAUCAUCAUCAUUUCCCAGAUGUCCUUCUGUGGAUCUAGAAUAAUUGACCACUUCCUGUGUGACCCAGGUCCUCUAUUAGCCCUCACCUGUACUAGAGCCCCAGUAAUGGAGUUUUUUUGGACGAUCAUAAGUUUUCUGCUCUUAUGUAUUCCAUUCCUCUAUAUCAUGGUGUCCUAUGUUCUAGUACUGAGAGCUGUAUUGAGGGUCCCUUCAGCAGCUGGACAAAGAAAGGCUUUCUUCACCUGUGGGUCCCAUUUGGCUGUGGUUUCACUCUUCUAUGGCUCAGUGAUGGUCAUGUAUCUAAGCCCAACUUCUGAGCAUGAAGCUGGAAUGCAGAAGCUUGUGACUCUGUUUUACUCUGUGGGAACCCCACUCAUUAAUCCUGUCAUUUAUAGUCUGAGGAACAAAGAUAUGAAACAUGCCCUGCAGAAGUUUCUAGGACUAUAA